AUGACGCCAUUACCAUCACCACCACCCUCUACUUUAAAUCAUCAAUUGCACUCAAAUGGCAUUGCAAAACGGAGCCAUCGUACUGAUCUAGAUGAUAUUGUUCAAAAUUUUCUUUUGAUUUGGCUUGAUGCAAAAGUUGAUGAAUCCAGCGAAGGCUACAGUAAUUCAAUCAAACAUCUGCAACGAACUGUGAAUAUUAUUGAAACAUUUCAAGAUACGGAAGAAUGUGUUGAUUACAUUUCGAAAAUUCAAAAUGCAACAGCAUUUCUUAUUAUUUCUGAUGAUCUUUGUGAAACUGUUGUGCCACGUAUUCAUGACAUGACUCAACUCUAUUCCAUUUAUGUCUUUUGUCGGAAACAGUCUACGUACGAAGAGUGGGCAACAGACUGGUCCAAAGUGAAAGGUAUUUUCACAGAUAUUAUCUCAAUUUGUAACUCACUACGACAAUCUGCUCAACAGUGUGAUGAAGAUUCGGUCGUGAUUAGUGCUGUACCAUCGUUGAAUCAAAUCGAACCAUCUUUCAUGUAUACACAACUCUUCAAAGAAAUUAUUCUUGAAAUAGAUUUUGACGAAAACAAAGAAAUUAAUGCUCUAGCCGAAUAUGCAUUAUCAAAGUCACUUGGACGAAAGCAACAAGCCCAUUCGGUGGUACACUCGCGAGUGUUUUGUGUACCACAUGCUCAAUAA